GCCUGCUCAGGUGUCCCUUUGUGUCUGAGCGGUGAGCGUGGGUUCAGGCAAGGCAGUAGAUAUAAGACCUCCCAUUAAGGGAGAGAGAAAGGGAUAGAACUGUGUUUUCAUUUGGUAUCAGGAUUGGAAGAAAAAGACUCGAUGGUGGAGAGGAUCAAGAUAAUUACUACCGGCAUCUAAUGGUCACUAGGUUGGCCAGAAAAGUAGCUGGUCAUCUUAGCGGCAAUCUACAGAUUGGUUUUCUCAAGCCUUUCUUCUCUUAUCUAUUUGGGUCUUCGCCUUUUCACCUCUUUUCUUUUGUCUUUCAUCUGGUCUAUUCUGUACUUUGCGCUCCCAUCCGUCUUUCUUCUCCUCUUUCUCCUCCGCUCUUUCAUUCCAUGCCGUGUUUCUGUCAACUGCUCUGAGAUGGACUGUACAAUAGAUGACAGGGUGUGAGCGAAGACAUGGCAGACCAAGAGAACACUGAGGAGCUAGCAGCUCCUGCUGAUGAGGAGAGCACAGCCACUGUCACGGCCACUGAGGCCGAGCAGACAGACACAUGGAGGAUAGAGGUGGUGUCUGUGACUGAUGACGACCUUCCGACGGUCGAUACCCCGACCACAUUGAAUGUCAGUUCCCUCGACAGCCCCAAUGACACCCCUCUACCCGACACUGCCAAACCUGAACCCACCACUGAGCCCAAAGCCCCGCCCCCUGCCCCACCAAGUCCAGCCAUGCCAAUCACUAAGGUCCAGCCUUUCAUGAAUGAGGAGAAGACAUGGUGUGGCCGGUUGGUGGCUCGCAGGAUGGAGCUGCUGAUCGGAGCAUCGGUCCUCAUGGUGGUUAUUCUCACGUUGGGCAUUGGGCUGGGAGUGGGUCUUAGCUGUGUGGGUAAGUUCCGCUGUGGUACGUCUUCUCGCUGCAUCAGUGGCUCAGCGCAGUGUGACGGGGUGAUGGACUGUGAGAAUGGGGAGGACGAGCUUAGCUGUGUGCGUUUGAGUGGAAAGGGUUCAGUGCUCCAGGUGCUGAGUGGAGGUGUGUGGAGGACUGUCUGCUCUGAAGACUGGAACUCUGCUCUGGGCCUUUCUGCCUGCAAGCAGCUGGGCUACUCCAGGUAUGUGGAGUCCCGCUCCCUCCCCCUCUCUGCUAUAGAGCAGGACUUCCAGCAAAACCUGGUGUCAAUCAACCUGAGCCAGUCGGGCCAACAGGCCAUCAAGAUUCACAACGCCACCAGCCUCAGUAAGACUCAAUGCAGCUCAGGGACGGUGACCACAAUAAAAUGCCUGGAGUGCGGCUCCAGACCCCAGUUCAGCAGUCGUAUCGUUGGGGGUAAUGUAUCAGCACUGGGCCAGUUCCCCUGGCAGGUGAGCCUACACUUCCAGAGUGAACACUUGUGUGGAGGCUCUGUCGUAGCAGACAGCUGGAUACUGACAGCUGCACACUGCGUGUAUGGGUUUGCGUUCCCCUCACUGUGGGCAGUGCAUGUAGGGUUGACAGAGCAGCCGGUGAAUGGGGCUCAGGCUCUGGCAGUACAGAAGAUUAUUUACCAUGGCCGCUACCGGCCCAAAGCUCUAGACUAUGACAUCGCUCUGAUGAAGCUGGCUGAGCCACUCACCUUUAAUGGUCUAGUGGAGCCCAUCUGCCUACCUAACUUUGGGGAGGACUUUGAGGAUGGGACCAUGUGUUGGAUCUCAGGCUGGGGGGCCACUUCAGAUGGGGGUGACGCUAGUGAUUCGUUGCUCUCUGCCCGGGUCCCACUCAUCUCCUCUAAGGCGUGCAGCACGCCAGGCGUCUACCAGGGCUACAUCUCCCCCGGGAUGAUCUGUGCAGGAUACUUGGAGGGAGGAACAGACUCCUGCCAGGGAGACAGCGGUGGACCUCUGGCAUGUGAGGACUCAGUGUGGAAAUUGGUGGGGGCCACUAGCUGGGGCCAGGGCUGUGCUGAUAGGAACAAGCCUGGGGUCUACACCCGCGUCACCCAGUCCCUGAAGUGGAUCCACCAACAGAUGGAGAAAGAAGAGGAGCUGAACCCCUCGGAAGUUAGUACGGACAACUGAAUUAGUGGAGAAGUCUUUUUAUACAUGCUACUUCUAUCAAAAGUUUCUAAUAUUGUACAUUGCCUGGGACUUAAGAGUACUGCCAACGAACCAAAUGCUGAAUGUGUAGCACAGACCAGGGUUGGAUGGCCUAACAGUGACAGCAGCCCUCACAGGACAGGCAAGGGCAAACCACCCCCAGAACAAGACACAGUAACCUUAUAGACAUGUUGGAUGCUCAGAAAAGGCUAUAAAAGCACCUGGAUCAGAGUACGGUAGAGUAUAGUACACUAAACCUUUGUCAGUUUGUAUCCUACAUGGCUACAACCAAGCACAAUGAAGGCAGUGGCACACUCAACAUUAGAGGUAAGGCAUUGUUUAUUCCAAAAUAACAAGCUCUAAGGCAAACAGAGAAAAGUGAACAACAGUAGAUAACAAGCGACAGCGAUGGUAGAGAUGUGAGAGACAGAGCGUGCAGCUGAGACCCACCUGAACCCGAGCCAGAAACACUCAGUGGGGAUCUAAGUGCAUCUCAGGUUGUCUGAAUGACAUCACAAGAUAAGAGGGAAAAUUUGAUGGAAACUAUACAGUACGUUGGGGCAGCUUUUCCCAACAACAAAGGCCCUGACUUGGGCAAUGAUAUUAGAAUAGAAGAUGGAGAGUUCAGAAAACAUUCUUAAAACUGUCCCUAGAUCAGCCAGAGUACAAGUCCUCC